AUGGAAAAGAUCCAGAUAUCAUUGCAGGCAACUACGCCUAUUGUUCCUGGAAGGACCUUUGUUAUCCUUAGAACUUGUAAGAAGAUUGAUGAGUUGACUUGGGUCACAUGGGUGGAACAUUUGGAACUCGAACAGAGUUACCUAGACCCCAAGCUCUACAACGAUCUGUGCUGUAGAGGCUUUGCAUUCGGAGCCGAACGAUGGGUUGCGUGCCUUGCACGAUCGUGUGAAAGAAGAUCUUAUCAUCGGUCCAUGUCUGAAUUAGCUCUCACACACUUAAAAGGACAAGAUCUAUUGGAUUUUGAGAAGAGAUGUGUGAUGAUGAUCUCAAAAAGGAUGGUUCGUGACUUCUGUUUGAACAUUGUCCCUCUCUGUCGCCAACCUGACCCCACCUUGUGUGUUCCUCCCCCCUCUCUGGCAUUUUGUUACUUAAAGCGCCAAAAGUCCCCCAAUCAGGAUAAUCCAAACGAAUAUGUCGUCUUUGCAACCACCACCUUUAGUGUACCACAUUCUCCAGAGUUCGUCUUAAGAAUCCUUGGAGAUGAAAGUAGACGUCACGAGCUGGAUGCGUCUGGGAGGAUCGGCAGACUCGCAGAUCAGGUGACAUGUUACACAACUGGUGAUGACCCCAUGAACAAGAUAUCUGUUCAGGCUAAUCAGUCGUUGGGAAAUAAUGAGGUCUUGCUCCAAGAGACGAGUGUCAGCCCGUCUGGUUCACUAGUGGUGUGGUCCUUGCUUACAAAGGAGCCGUUUGAGCUUCCCAGACUCGGUCGAGUUCCUCAGGAUUUUCCUCUAAUUGGGUUAUCAGGGGUUGCCAACAGCCUCCAGAACACUACUACCAGUAGCAAUACGGGUGGUGGUUCAUUUAUCACACUGGGUCUACAGCAGGUUUAUUGCUACACAGAUCUUGGACCAAAGUUGACUGAGGUCGUCACAAAACUUAUGCGAGAUACUAUCAACAGAAUUGUAGCGGUCUUGAACAGCCGGAAAGACCAGGGUAUGUAG